CUGGGGAUGGGAUCCUGGGUUUUGUGGUGUGUCCCCAAGUGUCCCUGAUGUCCCCAAGUGUCCCCUGAGUGUCCCUGAUGUCCCUCGAGUGUCCCUAAGCUGUCCCCUGGUGUCCCCAAGCUGUCCCCGAGUGUCCCUGAGCUGUCCCCCGGUGUCCCCAAGCUGUCCCCUGAUGUCCCUGAGCUGUCCCCUGGUGUCCCCGAGUGUCCCCAAGCUGUCCCCGAGUGUCCCCGAGCUGUCCCCAAGUGUUCCCCAUGGUCUCCCCGAGCUGUCCCCUGAUGUCCCCAGGGCUGGAGUUGCCGGUGGCCACCACUCGUCCCGAGACCAUUUUUGGUGACGUGGCCGUGGCCGUGCACCCGCGGGACCCGCGCUACCUGCACCUGCAGGGCCGGCAGGUGAGGCACUUUUUCAGCGGGGCCCUGCUGCCCGUGGUGAGCGACCCCAGCGUGGAGCCCCAGCGCGGAACCGGUGCGGUGAAGGUGACCCCCGGGCACAGCCUCCAGGACCUGGCUCUGGCCCGGGUCCAUCGGCUGCCCCUGCCCUGCGUCAUCGGGGACGAUGGCACCUUGUGUCCCCCGGGGGGGGGGCUGGCUGCAGGUCCCCGUGACCACCGGGGGGUCUCGGGGCUGUUCCUGCACCCCGAGUUCAGCCCCGGCUCUCGGUGUCACCGGGGGGUCCCCGAGUUCUACGACUUCGCCGUGGCCCUGCUGGAGCUGGAGCGCCCCGUGGGACCCUCCCCCGGCCACCGGUGA